AUGAAGGCUACUAGUUUCUUGAAUGGAUUAUUAUUCGGAAUUGUUGGAGAACAAUUCGAUACUGUUGCUACACCUCAAUUAGCAUCAAUCGAACAAUUUAAUGUUGUUGGUCAACUUGGAGGUGCUGCUCCAUAUAAACAAUUCCCCGGAUACGGAAUCUGGCCCGAUUUACCUGAAGAAGCUGAAUUAUUACAAGUUCAAUAUAUUGGUAGACAUGGUGAAAGAUUCCCUACUAAAGGAUCAGGUGCGAGUUAUAAAACUGCUAUUGAUAAAUUAGAUGGUCUUCAAUUGAAUGGAUCUUUAGCUGCUUUACAAGACUAUAAAUACUUUGUUACUGAUGCUAGUCAAUAUGGAUUAGAAACUACUGCUAAUAAUACUAAUGGUAACAUAUAUAGUGGAGAAUUAAGUGCUAAAAGAAAUGGUGCUGUUUUCAGAGAAAAAUAUGCUUCCUUAUAUAAUCCAGAAUUAGAAUUACCAGUUUUCACUUCAGGAUCUCAAAGAGUUCAUGAUACUGCAUUAAAUUUUAUUGCAGGAUUUGGAGCUGAAAAUGUUAAACUUAACAUUAUUAGUGAAGAUGCUUCAAUGGGAGGUAAUUCUUUAACUCCAAAAAAAGGUUGUGAUGAUUAUAAUACUUAUGGAGAUGGUGGUAAAUUUGAAUUUGAUCAAUUUUACGAUGAAGUUACUGAAAGAUUAAUGAAUGAUAAUCCAAAUGCUAAUCUUACUGCUGAUGAUGUUGAAGCCUUAUUUGCUGCUUGUGCUUAUGAAAUCAAUGUUGAAGGUAAAGCUACUAUUUGUUCAAUCUUCUCCAUUGAUGAAUUAAUCAAAUCUGAAUAUAGUGAUGAUUUAGAUUUAUAUUAUAAUUAUGGUGCUGGUAAUAAUUAUACCAGAGCCAUUGGUUCAGUCUAUACCAAAGCUCAAUUGGAAUUAUUAAAAGAAGAAUCUGAUAAUAAAAUAUGGUUAUCUUUCACUCAUGAUGAUGAUAUUGUUACUUAUUAUUCCAGUUUAGGUUUCUUUGAUGAUCCAGUAUUACCAAAAGAUAAAUUAUUAUUCAGAAAAACUUUCAGUAAGAGUGUUAUUAUUCCACAAUCCACCAGAUUAAUCUUAGAAAAAUAUGCUAUGAAUAAUGAAACUUAUGUUAGAUGGAUCUUAAAUGAUGCAGUUUUACCAUUAGAACAAUGUGCUAAUGGUCCAGGAUUUGGAUGUCAAAUCGAUCAAUAUAUCGAUAUAAUGGAACAAAGAGUUGAAAAUUAUGAUUUCAAUGAAUUCUGUGGUACUGAUGGUGCUGAUGAAAUAAGUUUCUUCUGGGAUUAUAAUACCACUGUUUAUAAUGCCACUUUAAAAGUCUAG